AUGUGGUGCGUGCUGUUCGUCUUCUCCCUGAUCGCCUGCUCAUUCGCUAGCUCCAGAGAUGAUCAGCUGUCGGAGCAAUUCUGUCGUCAGUUCCCUUCAUUAAAUCUGUGCCGUCUACACGACACUCUUCAAGGGUCUCUUGUUGAACUGCAGUACUUACUUCAAGACACCAAUCUCGAUUCAGCAGCACCAGGAAGCAGCGCUGAGAAACGCAAAUCGGCGUUCGUUCGCUUUGGAAAGAGAGCAGCUGAAGAAUCUGCAGAGAUAGAAAAAAGAAAGUCAGCAUUUGUUCGAUUCGGACGUUCGGCAGAAUUCGACAUGCCGGAAAAGAGAAAAAGUCAAUAUAUCCGAUUCGGUCGAAAGUAG